CCAUGCACUGAGCUUAAAAAUUUUUUUUUUGAACAAUAAUAAACAAUCAUAGUCAUCACGGAGGGAGCGAGAUCUAUUCUGACACGGCAUGACAAUGUUCGGAAAAUCUCCGGGUUAUGAGUAUCAGUGUCUGUCGCAGAGAGAUCAUUUGUACAGUGACACUCCUGGAUUGUUUUCAUCUCAUGCUGAAUUCACUCACAAUCAUGACCAGAGAGGACAUUCAUUUGAUUAUGUGCCUAAAGUAUCGAAAAACGACUUCACAGAUAAAUCUCAAGGAUUGUUGUCCUGGAUUUGCAACCUGAUCGUUACGUUCCUGGUUUUCCUAGUUACUUUCAUAACUUUUCCCAUAUCUGGAUGGUUUGUCCUAAAGGUUGUACCAAACUAUGAGAGGAUAGUUGUUUUUCGCCUGGGUCGGAUCCGUCCUCCUAAAGGUCCAGGAGUGGUUCUGGUUCUGCCCUUGAUUGAUCAGUGGCAGAAAGUUGACCUGCGGACCAGAGCCUUUAACGUCCCACCAUGCAAGGUAACCACCAAAGACGGUGGUCUGGUGUCAGUUGGAGCGGAUAUCCAGUUCCGGAUCUGGAGUCCGGUGAUGUCAGUGGUGGCCGUGCAGGAUCUGAACGCAUCCACCCGUCUCACCGCACACAACGCCAUGAUGCAGAACAUGAGCAAAAAGACCCUGAGGGAGAUACAGACAGAGAGAAUCAAACUAGGGGAACAUCUCGGGAUGGACAUGAAUGAGAUGACGAAGCCAUGGGGGCUGGAGGUGGACCGUGUGGAGCUGAUCCUGGAGGGGGUGCUCCGGGAACCAGACGGGGGUCAUAUGGGGCCCUUAAUUAUGCCCCCCUCUGUCCCGGGGCUGGAAGGUCUCACCGGACCCAUACAGCAGCUCGCAAUGCACUUCCUGAGCCAGAGCCAGACGGCUGCGUCUCAAUGCAGUCAAGAUACUCUGAGCUUCGCAGAUGAGCUGCGUUCAGUUUCAGCUGCGAGUGUCAGCAGUGUGGACGGACUGAUGGAUGUGGUCAGGUCAGUGCUGUCAGAGGAGCUGGUUCAUCAGGUGGGAGCCUGUUACCACUUUCAGAUCACCACUGACUCUGGACAGACCAACAACUAUUAUAUGGACCUGACACAAGGACGGGGAGCGUGUGGUGUGGGCGUCCUGCCGAGGGAGCCGGAUGUUUCUCUGUGCAUGAGCGAGCAGGAUCUGCUGGCCAUGUUCCAGGGCGGCCUGCGACCGUUCUCCGCCUACAGCAGCGGCAGACUGAGAGUACAGGGAGAUCUGAACACUGCCAUGAAGCUGGAGACACUCAUCAAACGCCUCAAGACGACAUGAUUUAUUACGCUUUCGUUUGUAGUUAUUUCAAUUGAUCAAAAGCCUUUGUAAAUAAUUUAAGGUUUACACUGUGAAUGUUUAAAUGGCUUCAGGGCUUAAAUUAUAUUUUGUAAAACAUUUUAUUGUGAUUGCAUUCAAAGCCUUUCACUUCCUGGUGUGUCAGUGUUGUUUAAUUAUUUAUUAUAGUGUGGAGUAUUAUGUGACCCGACCAUUUCAAUUUAUGUUUUUACCCAAUAAACUGUUGAUUCAAAAUCUA